UACUUGUAGCUCUGUGUCGUCCACGUAUACAAAUACAUAAACUACGAGAUUGCCUUGAAAUGGAAGAUAAACUUUUGCUGGUAGAAAGAUACUGCCAUUUCACUCUGUCAUUUGACUCUGUAGAGACAAUGGUGUUCCAGUGGCUACUAGUACUUGCUCUCAUCCUUGCAGACCGAUGCCAGUGCGUGCCCGGCCGAUUUACCGCUAUUUCUGUUUCUGGAUCAUCUACUUCGCAAAGUAGCACUUGUGAAGAAGGAUGUGCUGCCUACGCUGUCGAUGGCCUUUCUGAUACUUUCCAAUGUUCAAGACCAGACGGAAGCGAUAAAAAUCCGUGGUGGCGACUGGACUUGCUGGCCUCCUACAACGUGGGACAAAUCAAAGUCACAAGCAGAUAUAGUCCAGGUAGAGAUUACUUUGCAGGUACAGAAGCUCGAACGGGCCUAAGUACUCUCGUCUCCUUUCACAACCGUUGCGGCUCGCCGGUAAGCAGCAGCUAUCCAGGUGAGGUGCACGUUUUCUUGUGUGACUCAUCUGAGGAGGCAAGAUUCGUCUCACUGGUCAAGGAUGUUUCUACCUCUAAUGGGACUUUUCUGAGUGUUGCCGAGGUUACGGUCGACAUGUUUGAACCCGGGAAACCUGUGAUAAAAGAUUGCAGACCUGCGUGGAAACCAGCCACCUUCAGACUGCUACACCAAGAUGGCUUGAUCUCCAACCCGAGCCAGCUCCUAGCCACCGUGGCUGCAGGAACUCCGCAGUUCUGCGCGCUCCGAUGCCUCAACAAGGCCGGCUGCUUGUCCUUCGACAUAGCGCCUGGAAAACAGUGCCGGCUUUACAACAUUCAUUCUGCAGAUAUCAAUGCUGUACGGAACAGCGACUCCGCAGUCUAUGCUUGUCUGUUUUGCGGGUGAUUUUUUUUUAGCCAGCUGCGCUUUUACAUAAUUUCUAAAUGUAAUAGGCUUGAGAUGCACGCAGUUAUAACGAGAUCAAAAAGUAUAGUCUUAAUUCAUAUAUAUUAUCGACACAUAAAUACUAGCUUUUUAAAAAUUUCCUCAUAUUGGGAUCUGUUUUUAAAGUAAACAAUAAACAAAAAACAAAACAAAAACAAACCAAUCACGAAUAAUUGAGGCGAGGCCACUGCGCGACGUAGCCAUCGCCGUCGACACAAUUUUGGCGGCUAUAAUAUAGAACACCAUGCGUCUCGAAAAAGUUGAGGAUAACCUGCCGAAGCGGUAGAACGAUGUAGGCAAUCUUCUGGGAAUUAAGUCAUCAGUAUUUGUGUACACAUUCUACCCCUACCCACUUUGCGGUUUUGGCAAGGCGCAGGCCACUGAAGGACACCUGACAUUUGCAAACGUAGCCCACCACUCCUCACACAGAAAGUUUUGGAACUUCUCUAACAGUAUCAUUAGGAAUGAAUAUACUCCGACCCAUUGACAAAAUGCAAAGCUUCUUUUUUUCCAGUUGGAAAGCUAAGGCAUUACUCAAAUAUAACUUCAUUUGUAUUUAAUCUGGCGAUAUAACUUGAUUUGGUUGGUUUAUUUUUCACACCUCAUCGUGGCCUAAUAUAGGUAAAAUUGUAUGUGAAUUGUGACCUGUCACCACAUCAUGAUGAGCUGAAAGUCAGACUUUUAAAAA